AGGGAUUCUUAACCCUGUUAAUUCAGAGCCAGUAGUGCAAUGUGUCAAAGACUGACAUUUACAAGUGAAAGUUUUAACUUCAAAGCUCUUCGCCGUGACAGCUUGAAACCCCACUGUAGCAUUUAUUUACAACACUGGUGAAACGCAGCACGUCGGGCCUGUAAGACAGUGCCGAGGGUUAAAAUCAGGAAGUACAGGAAAUAGAAAAUCCAAGUUGACGUUAGUAGCUUUUAGCAUAGCCUUUAGCCUAGGUUAGCUAUGAAACCUUUAAGCAGGACAACCUAACUGAUGCGCACUUUGCGCCUACAGUUAAGUAGCUCUCCAACUAAUUUAUUAAAGAAUUAAACAUUGCCGGAUCAAAUGAUUUAUGAGAAUAUGCAGCAAUGGGUGACAUGAAAACCCCAGAUUUUGAUGAUCUCCUGGCAGCCUUUGAUAUUCCAGAUGCCACAGGACUGGAUGCCAAAGAGCCUAUCCAGGGGAGCCAUGAGGAGACAGAAAACCAACUGAAACACACAGGGAUUUGUCUGGAUGACAGCUUAUUGGGCAACCAAUCUGUCACUGCAUCAGAUGUCCCUGUUGUUAGCGUUAUAGUAAAAAACACAAGUCGUCAAGAAUCCCUGGAAGGUUUCAGUGACAGGCUGCACUCAGAACCAGCAUUGCAGAAUGGAUUCGGGGGACAAGAGGCUGGUGAUCCUGUGGAGUCUGGCUUUCCCAAAUCCUUUGAGUCUGUGUUGAAUGGGGGGAGUUCAAGAGAGCUUCCUGGAGAGGCUCCUGCUCAGCACAAACCUGAUGGGACGCCAGUAUUUUCACUCCCACAUUCCCCUUUUAGUCCUGUCUCCAGCUCUGAUUCUGAGGAGACCCUGUGUAGCAGAGGGGAAAUGCUUUCAAAGCAAGAGAGACCCAGUUUUCCUACAGCUCCGGUAUUAGUGGAACCUUCUGUCCCAGAGAAUCAAAACCAAAUGGACCUUUCAAUGUUUGAUAACUGUCAUAAGAACACUGAAGGAACCAAGGAUCGCCCUAACAUCUGUGUCAGUAAUACCAUUGAGAGGACGUCUAAAGACAGCAACUCAUGUCCCUCUUCAAACGGUAACCAGCCAUUAGUCGAGACCAACUGCAAUUCAAGGAACAAAGUGGAUGCUUCUGCCUCUUAUUCACCUGUCACCUGUCAGACAUCCAAGCUGUCCCCUUGCCUAGAGGCUCUAGUCGCCCUGAAUUCUGGAAAUGAUCCCAGUGAGCAGAGUAUUCCCAGAGAAUGCUUGAGCGUUCCUAAUGAUUGCUUAAAAGCGAGCCCCAAAGUGCCCAUGUCCCCAAGAAGCCCCAGAAGUCCACUUGAAACGGUAAAACGUUUGUCAAAACCCUGCGAUAGCCCCGUGAGCAUCUGCAGUGAUAGCAGUGGGCAAGCAUCCCCAGCAGUCAUGUCUGGGUCCCCACCUGCUAUACCCAGGGUCAGAAUAAAGACAAUAAAAACCAUGUCUGGGCAGAUCAAGCGCACAGUGACCAGCGUGCUGCCGGACUCUGAAACAGAUGAGCUUCAUUCUGCUUAUGAAUCUUCUCCAUCACAGAGUAUGAUCAGCGAGGAUUCUUACUGCAACGUGUCUCCUCAUCAGUCUCAUCCCGGUGAUUACGUGGUGGGGAUACAUACUAAGAUUAACUCGGCUCGAAACAGAUCGUCAGCAAAGGUUUUACCCAGAAAGUCCAAGGUAAACUCUGAGGAAAAAAGGAAAUCUAAAACAGUAUUCCACAACACGGCUCGUCAUGUUAAAAGAUCUUCAGCCCGUCAGGGGCAGAACCCAAAGAGAGCUGCAUUAAGAGCGGGCCUUACGACCAACACAACCUUUCUUCCAAAAGCAGUGCACUUAGCUAGUCUGAACCUGGUUCCUCACAGCGUUGCUGCCUCAGUGAAUGCUCGUUCCGGCUCCCACCAGCAGAGUCGCCACACGCUUUCCCCUGCAGUCUGCAGCACCGUCCCCUUGGUGCAUCAGGUCAAGCCAAGCAGCACCUCUGCCCGUCCCUCGGUCCCCAACACAGCCGCAGGAAGCUUAAACAGACUCCUAAACAAUGCUAACCCCGUCCCUGUUUAUGUGCCCAACUUGAGCCCCCCUCCGGAGAGCAACAUCAGCCUUCCACCACGCGGCUACUGCUGCCUGGAGUGCGGGGACUCCUUUGGGGUGGAGAGGAGUCUUGCUUAUCAUUAUAACAGGAGGAGCGUUCACAUAGAAGUAGAUUGUACACACUGUGCCAAAAGCUUGGUGUUCUUCAACAGGUGCGCCUUGUUGGCUCAUGCACGCGAGCACAAACACAGCGGCAUGGUCAUGCAGUGCACACAGCUCCACAUGAAACCCAUAUCCGAGGAGAAUAUGUUUCCGCCUAUGAGCACAGACCCAGUGGACGAGAGCUCCCACGGCUCGCCAGUGUUGGCACGUAAAAGUGAACCGGUCCUACCCUUGUAUCCAGACAACGUCAUUCGGUACAGACUCUUUUGUGUGGAGUGUAACAAGAAGGUAGCUGACCACAAAGCGCUGGCAGGCCACUACCAGAAGCUGUCAGAAGAUGUGGAAGGACUGAUUUGUAAAGUGUGCUCAAUGUUGUUGCCCAACAAAUGCAGCUUCAGAGCUCACCAGCGCAUUCAUUCACACAAGUCCCCUUUCUGCUGUCCCGAGUGCGGCGCCCUGUGCCGCUCCGCAGACGUCCAGAAGCACGUCAGGGAGAACUGUCUGCACUACGCCCGCAAGGCCUGGUACAAGUGUCUUCACUGUGAUAUGGUGUUCAAAACAUUACAAGGACAGAAGAGUCACAUCGAAGAGAAACACUGUGAAGUCUUUUACAAGUGCUCCGUCUGCCCAGUGGCCUUCAAGACCUGCGACAGCUGUGAGGCGCAUUUGAAAAACAAACACAGUGCUGCGAAACAGCCGCCUCAGCUGGUCUUUAAGUGCUCGUGCGAGAGCUUUUUCAAGAAAAAGCAGCUGUUUUUUCAGCAUUUCCAGCACAAUGCCAACAAACGAGUCACAUGCGUAUUCAAGUGUCCAGAAUGCAACUCCGUCUUUCCACAAAAGCGGCUGUUGAUGCAACAUUUCAAGGCUGUCCACACAGGAAACAUUGCAGCAGAGACGGAAAGCAACACUAAAGAUAAAGACAAGGCUGACCGCCACCGAGAUUCUCGUUCCACUCAAAAGCAGGAGGGCCCCAACCACCGUAAAAACACAGAGAGCCCGAGAAAAAAGUCAGAGCAGACCAGCAGACCUCGUGUGAAACCCAGUGGCUGGACGUGUGGCGAGUGUCUGCAGUGCUUCAGCGAGCGGGAAUCCUACACCUCUCACCUAAAGGUCAACCACGGAAAGUCGGUGAGAAAGUAUCCAUGCCGGCACUGUGAGCAAUCCUUCAACUCUGCCACCAGUCUGAGAAGACACAUUCGUACUGACCACGACGGGAAAAGGAGAAUUUACACUUGUUGGUACUGCACGAAUACCAAGACAACGUUCACAACGAGUGUGAUGUUGAAGAAUCACAUAAGUCUCAUGCAUGGAAUUAAAAACCCAGAUCUUUCUCUAAUGCCCAAAGCAUCCCUCCAGGAAUACAAACACUCUUCUGGCAAGGGCUUGGUUCCAGCACCAGCGGCCGGGGGUGGACAGGCUGCCUGCCAGGAUCCGGCUGGCCUCGAGGCUCCAUCGGCUAAACGUCUCAAAACUCAGUUCCGCUGUUCAAAGUGCGGUUUCAUCACAGCUAACAGUACAGAGUUCCAGCAGCAUAUACCUCAGCAUAAAUCGAACGAAAACACUCCCCAAUGCCUUCACUGUGGCCUGUGUUUCACGUCUGUGCUGUCUCUCAAUAGACAUCUUUUUAUCGUCCACAAAGUCAAAGAUCCUGAGAGGGUGGCGAAAGCAGAGGGAGACCCUGAGAAGGCAGAUGUUGUAGGACAGGACCCGGACGAGCGUCAGGGUAGAUCAGAGGAGGCUGAUGAACGUCAGAAUGAAGCUUCUCCACAUGUGUCAGAAAGUCCUCACUGCACUAAGGCCACAGACUGUCAUCUAAACACAACUCAAGUGUCAGUUCCCCUUUAAGGUUUUCAGGUGAGAGUUGUGCAAAAUGUAUGCGUCUACAUCAGAGCAGCAAAGAGCCUAUGUUGUUAACUUCACUUCAUCGUGGCAUGCAGUUUCCCAGAAACGUCACAAUAUACAACUGAGCGUGCUUGGUCCACAUGGUAUGUGUCCACAAAGUUCCCUGGCUUAUUCGAAUUUACCACCCCUGUCUAAGGUCAUAAAAUGCAACGGACUGUAAGACUAUGCGGCAGUCCCCUCAUUAAUGGCUGUUUAGCUCUCUGUUGUUGAUGCUGUGGUAACAUCCAGUAACUUUAGUUGGAUUUCUACCUUUGUCCAAUCAUAACUAAGCAUACUCUCACUGUUUUAAGUUUCCUCUGCAGGCACAAAUUGGAUUUUGCAAGGACUGUUUUUAAUGGCAAAGCUAUGAAGGGUUUAAAAAACAGCUCAGUAUAUCCAAGAAGAUCCAUAAUACUUUAUUAAGAGCAGUAUUUUCAUAUACAUGUUUUCAUUUAUUUAAUUUAACCUUGCAUGCUGGUAUUAAUCUUGCAUUUUUGCAUAUCGCAGCACCCACAAAGUAGCUGUUUUUUGGUUUCUUUUCUUUUCCUCAAAUUCCAUCCCGCUCAACAGGAUGCUCAGGAAUGUCUGUUCGAGGCAGCGUCCGGCAUUGGUUGGUGUAAUAGUGAUUUUUUGUGGUUUACCACUGGAAUCAGUGGUAAUUUAAUUUUCUUACGUUUGAUUCGAAGUCUUCAGUGCCACAAGUUUUUUGCAAAAAGAUUUUGCAUUUCAAGUGUUUUAUUUUUGUCAGUAAUAAUUACGAAAUAUUCUCUAUUAUGAAUCGUUCACGGUGCAUUUAGACGUUGGUUUCCAGCAUUAAUGCUAGACACUCACAGGUAUUAAAGAAAGCCUGUAAAAGUCAGGCUGUGAACAAAUCCUAUAUACGAAUUCUAAAACCUUGGACUUUAUGUCUACGGAACAUGUUAGAUUAUAUGUUAGUGACGAGUCCCAGAUUUGUUAUUUUUGUUAUUUUUUUAAAUACCUCAAAUUGCCAGAAGUGUAUCUUUCCGGCACGUGAACUUCAGUGUUGUGUCAAAUCAGGGUACAUUGUCUUAGGUAAUCUUGAGUAGGUGUGAGGGUGAGGAAUAGCAACACAUGAGGGAGAUUGUGUUUGAUUGAUCACUGCCUGCUACGUGAUUUCAGGGGAAGUGUGUGUCCACAUGACAGUUCCUACCUCCUACAGUACAUGGCAGUGAUUGUCAAAUAUUUCAACGGUUAGGAUUUGUUGCUGUUAAUCUCAGUGCAAUGUAAAAAAAAAAGAAUAGAGAGAGUUUAUAAAGUGUGCAUUAUCCCACAUUAUAGAAUUUUAUAAAUUAUUAUGGGAAACAUAUUGAGGCUUUAUGGUCAUAUUGACUUAUCUGACAGGUGAACUUUUCUAUGAAAGUGCUAUAUGCAUCACCAUACUGCAGCCUUUUUAACCAGAAGGGGCUGAAAACAAUUACUUUUUCACAAUUUGCUCUUUUGUAAUGCUUGAUAAGAAGAUAUUUGUACUUUUGAUACUGUGUAAAGGAAGAACUUGUAUGGGAAAGCAACCCGUGUACAUAAAAUAACCAAUUCUACAUCGAAAUCACAGCUUUUCUCGAACCAUUACAUCUGUUCAGCAUGCAGUGGCCCAGUGCCUUGCUGUUAAGUUUACGUAAAACACAUUCAAAUAAACUGGUGCAUUUAA